AUGGGUGAUGGUUGCAAUCCUAAACUCCCAAUCAACCUUAGCAUCUUGGAAAAAAUUUUCUCCAGAAUUUGUCUAACCUCCUCCAAACAUAUCACUUUUUGGGCAGCAUGCCUAGUAGCCUUUUUCUCUUUUUUUCGUAAGUCCAAUUUGUUUAUCUCAGAUAAAGACAAGUUUGAAUCUGGGAAACACCUAAGUAGACAUGAUAUCCAUCUCUCCAACCAGGGUACAAUUCUGUCUAUUACCUGGUCAAAAACCAUUCAGUUUAAGGAGAGAUGCCUUCUUAUCCCCCUCCCAUGCAUACCAGGGUCACCCUUCUGCCCUACACAGGCUUUGACCUUGGCCUUUGCCUUGACACGGCAGGCUGACCCACAGGGCCCAGCCUUUGUUUACCAGUCAAGGGGUACAAUCAUCCCCCUUACAUACGAAUCUUUCCUCUCACAGCUUCAUAUUAUCCUCCAGGAAUGUGGCCUUGACCCAGCUAGAUACUCAGGCCAUAGCUUUCGCAGGGGUGGGGCAUCUUUUGCUUUAGAAUGUGGCUUACCUGCUGACCUCAUCCAAACUCAGGGAGAUUGGCGUAGUGACGCCUAUAAACGCUACUUGGACCCAUCCUUGUCGCUACGUCUCAAAGUUGCCUAUACUUUAGGAUCUGUGUGUGGCAGUUCACACUACAAUGGUAUUGGAGAGAGAUAG